CACACACACACACACACAGGCACAACCUACUGGGGAAGCCAGCUUACAUCGUUUUCCUGGGAUAGACUCCAGAUUCAUGGCUGCAUGACUGCAUAUUGGUAUAGAAUGCCAUGACUGGUCUGGUCAGCUGAUCAGUGUUCACUAUGUGACCUGACACCGAGGGCUGAGUGUAUGGAGGUUGUUGAGAGUAGUGUACUGGAGCCAGGGGCUCCAGGACACUCCACAAUAGAAUUGAAGAGGCUCUCCUUUGCAUACCAAAGCCUCCUGGAGAUUCCUUAUGAUGUCAUUUUCAAACAGCGGAACACACUAGAGGUCCUGGACCUCAGUUAUAACCUGCUGGAUGAGAGCCCGGCUCUUCUGGGGGAGCUGGACAAGCUGAGCACUCUCAUCCUGGAUGGGAACAACUACAGCUCUCAUGUCAAGUUCCCCUACAUGCCAAGUGUCACCACACUGUGGAUCAACAAGAACAAAAUAAGAAACCUUCCCAUCAUAGUUGAAGAGAUACGCUGCAAGUUCCCCAAUAUCAAAAUACUUAGUAUGAUGAACAAUGAGGCAGCACCCAGUUACUUUAAUGGAGGCAGUCUGACCCAGUACAUUGAUUACAGGCAGUAUGUUAUCAGUCAGAUCCCCAGUCUGGAGGUGCUGGAUGACACCGAGGUGCAGGAGAAAGAUAGAGCACAGGCCAGGAAGACUUACUGGAUGCAGAAGAGCAGAGAUGGUAGUAAAAGAAGGAAGGAGCUCCAUCACUGACAGUUUCUACAUCUAGCUAAUGCUACUGAGCUCUAAGUCAAGCUUCACCUUUAUUGUUGCUAAGAAAUACCCAUGCAGAUGAACAUGAAAUAGCUCACAGCUACAUGGUGUUGAUAUGCAAUGACAUGAAAUCUAGCAGAUACAAAUGCAAGAUAAUUGUUGUUUUACACUUAAACCAACUUUCUUUUUUUAUAAUGAAUGUUGAACAAUAUGAACAAGUAUAAAGUAUACACAAAUAUAAAACAUUAUUUCAUAUUCCACAAUACUUUGUAUAUUUUACAUAAAGAAAAUUAAGAUUGCCCUUUUGUCUCAUGAAAGUGAUUCAUGAGAGAUUUUGAGACUGUGGCUAUCAAACUGGAAACAUAAGAAUACAAUGGUUGAUAAAUGUCAUUUACUGACCUGAGUUUGCUAAUGUUUGCUUUAUAGAGAUAUGACAUAAUAUGAUAUUUUAGCUGUAUAUUGCUCUGUGAUUAUCGUUAAAGGAUGGUUUUGUCCACAAUAAAAAAGGCUCAAAAUGG